GCGGUUGGAGGAAUGGCAUUGAUCAUGCGUCGGCUGCUGGGAAGAUCUGGAUUCUCGUGUCAUGUCAUCAUCAGAAAAGCUAACUUUGCUGUAUAGUGAGGAUCAGGAGAUCUGAUCCUGAUUGCAGAACCUUCCCUGAUUACAGAAUCUUGGGUUGUAUCUCCCACUUCACCCUUCUAGACCAUCCCAGAAGAUCUAUAAUAUUUCAUCUGGGAAAUCACUAGGAGUUCUCAGAAGGGAAAGAAGGAAGAUUGUUGGUUGGAAUAAAAACAAGGUUGAAUGAGUUCCAGAAAGCAGGAUUCUCAACCUCAUGGACAGCAAUCUGCAGAAGAAGAGAACUUCAAAAAACCAACUAGAAGCAACAUGCAGAGAAGCAAGAUGAGAGGGGUCUCCUCGGGAAAGAAGACUGCUGGUCCACAGCAGAAAAAAAUCUUGAACCAGAAGACCAGAAAGAACAAACAGAAGACUCCUGGAAACAGAGAUGAUGGCAGUACCAGCAAAGCACCUCAGCCCCUUCGGAAGAAAAGGGCCCAGGCAGACCCCACUGUUGAAAGUGAGGAGGCAUUUAAGAAUAGAAUGGAGGUUAAAGUGAAGAUUCCUGAAGAAUUAAAACCAUGGCUUGUUGAGGACUGGGACUUAGUAACCAGACAGAAGCAGCUGUUUCAACUCCCUGCUAAGAAAAAUGUAGAUGCAAUUCUGGAGGAGUAUGCAAAUUGCAAGAAGUCACAGGGAAAUGUUGAUAAUAAGGAAUAUGCAGUUAAUGAAGUUGUGGCAGGAGUAAAAGAAUAUUUCAAUGUGAUGUUGGGCACUCAGCUGCUCUACAAAUUUGAGAGGCCCCAGUAUCCUGAAAUCCUCUUGGCUCACCCUGAUGCUCCAAUGUCUCAGGUUUAUGGAGCACCACACCUACUGAGAUUAUUUGUAAGAAUUGGAGCAAUGUUGGCCUAUAUGCCCCUUGAUGAGAAAAGCCUUGCAUUAUUGUUGGGCUGUUUGCAUGAUUUCCUAAAAUAUCUGGCAAAGAAUUCUGCAUCUCUCUUUACUGCCAUUGAUUACACAGUGGCUUCUGCUGAGUACCACCGCAAAGCCCUGUGA